GGCGGGACCGGGAGAACGGGGCGGCGGCGGCGGCGGCGGGAGGCGCGAUGGGCGCGCGCGGGGCGGCGGUGCUGACCGUGCUCAUGGCGGCCGCGGUGGCGGCGGCGGGGCCCGCGCUGGGGCUGCGGCUGCGGGGGCGGCACCGGGCCCCCCGCGGCGGCACCGGGGCGCUGGCGGCGGCGGCGGCGGCGGGCGGCGAGGCCUGCGGCGGCCUGCGCGGGGUCCCGGCCGCCCUCGGCAACAACACGCACCAGUGCGUCUUCGACGACCUCAGCAGCUCCGUGUCGCUGUCCUGGGUUGGUGACAGCACUGGGGUGAUCAUGAGCUUCGGGCAAUCCAAACUGUACCGGAGCGAGGACUAUGGGAAAACCUUCCUGGACAUCUCCAGCCUCAUCAACAACACCUUCAUCCGCACCGAGUUCGGUGUGGCCAUCGGGCCGGGCAACUCCGGGAAGGUGAUCCUGACGGGGGAUGUCUCCGGUGGGAGCCGUGGGGGCCGCAUCUUCCGCUCCAUGGAUUUUGCCAGGAAUUUCGUCCAGACGGAUCUGCCCUUCCAGCCACUGGUGCAGCUCAGCUACAGCCCGCGGGACCCCGACUGCCUGCUGGCGCUCAGCACCGAGAACGGGCUCUGGGUCUCCAGGGACUUCGGGCACAAGUGGGCCCUGAUCCACAGAGCCGUGUGCUUGGCCAAGUGGGGCGCCGAUGGCACCAUCUUCUUCACCACCUUCCUGAACAACUCCUGCAAAGCUGAUCUGGGCUUCCUGGAGCUCAAGAAAACCUCGGACUUCGGCUCCUCCUUCAAGGUCAUCGGCACCAGGAUCUACUCCUUCGGGCUGGGAGGACGCUUCCUCUUCGCCUCUGUCAUGACAGAGAAGGGGACCACGAGGCGCAUCCACGUCUCCCUGGACCAAGGGGAGAGCUGGAACAUGGCCCAGCUCCCCUCUGUUGGGCACGAGCAGUUUUACUCCAUCCUGGCUGCCAACGAGGACCUGGUGUUCAUGCACGUGGAUGAGCCGGGCGACACGGGGUUCGGCACCAUCUACACCUCGGACGACCGCGGCAUCGUCUACUCCAAGUCCCUGGAGCGGCACCUUUACACCACGACGGGCGGAGAGACCGACUUCACCAACGUCACCUCCCUGCGGGGCAUCUACAUCACCAGCGUCCUCUCGGAGGACAACUCCAUCCAGUCCGUGAUCACGUUUGACCGCGGGGGGCAGUGGGUGCCGCUGCGGAAGCCCAAGAACACCACGUGCGACUCCACGGCCAGGAGCAAGGACGAGUGCAGCCUCCACAUCCACGCGUCCUACAGCAUCUCCCAGAAGCUCAACGUGCCCAUGGCGCCGCUCUCGGAGCCCAACGCCGUCGGCAUCGUCAUCGCUCACGGCAGCGUGGGGGGGGCCAUCUCGGUGAUGACCCCCGACGUGUACAUCUCCGACGACGGGGGCUACACGUGGGCGCGGAUGCUGGAGGGGCCGCACCAUUACUCCAUCCUGGACUCGGGCGGCCUCAUCGUGGCCGUGGAGCACAGCAGCCAACCCGUCAACACCAUCGAGUUCUCCACGGACGAGGGGCAGUGCUGGUACCGGUACGUGUUCUCCAAGGAGCCCAUCUUCUUCACGGGGCUGGCGUCGGAGCCGGGCGCCCGCUCCAUGACCGUCAGCGUGUGGGGCUUCCGCGGCAGCUUCUUCUUCCGCAAGUGGGUCUCCUACACCAUCGACUUCAGCGAGCUGCUCAGCAGGAGCUGUGAGGACAAGGACUACACCAUCUGGCUGGCGCACUCCAGCGAGCCCGGCGAGCCCGGCGACGGCUGCAUCCUGGGCUACAAGGAGCAGUACCGGCGGCUGCGCAAGUCCUCGGUGUGCCGCAACGGCCACGACUACGUGGUCACCAAACAGCCGUCGGUGUGCCCCUGCACGCUGCAGGACUUCCUCUGUGAUUUCGGCUACUACCGCCCGGAGAACCAGUCCGUGUGCGUGGAGCAGCCAGAGCUGAAGGGCCACGACCUGGAAUUCUGCCUCUACGGCCGCCGGGAGCUGCUCAGGACCAGCGGGUACCGGAAGAUCCCCGGGGAUAAGUGCUCCGGGGGGGAGAGCCCGGCACGGGAGGAGACGGACAUGAAGAAGAAAUGCACCAGCAACCUGCUGAGCCCCGGCCAGCUGGCCGCCCCCCGCAGCCCCGCUGCCGCCGUGCUGGCCGUGGGGGCCGCGCUGCUCCUCGCCGCGGCCGGCGCCGUGCUCCUGGUCAAGAAAUACGUGUGUGGGGGCAGGUUCCUGGUGCAGCGCUACUCGGUGCUGCAGCAGCACGCGGAGGCCAACGACGUGGAGACCAUCGACGUGCUGGGCCCCCCCGCGCCCCCCAAGCCCGGCUACCACGAUGACUCCGACGAGGAUCUCUUGGAAUAGCGGCGCCGAUGCUGAGGACACCGAGCUGCUGCCCCAGGCAGGGCCCCCCCCUGCUGGGGGGGCAUUAACUGAACCCCGUUCGGGGGGGGUUGAAGCUCUUUAUUGUCCCCUUUUCUGGGCUAUUUUAUGUCAUAGGAACUGUCCCCCCCCCCCCCAGUGUCCCCAAGGAGGGGCUGGGGACAAGCUUUGGGAUGUCCCCAUUGCCGGGGGGGGGUUGCCCCCCCCCUCCCCAAAGCAAUACUGCCAGGGGGCGCCCCCAGCUUUGGGGUGGGGGUCCCCAUGGGGAGGGGUCCCCAGGGUUGGGGGGGUCACAGUUUGGGCCCCCCCCAAGCUCACAGUGGCCAAGGGAAAUGCAGCAAUAAGGAAUUGAAGCUUGAAGCAGUGAGGGACUGGGGGGGGGCUCGGUCCUGGCUGGGGGGGGGCAGGCCCAAACCUGCCCCCCCCCCCCCAACCAGGUCCCAGCACUGUGAGUCUCCUUACACUGGAUCUAUCCUUUACUGGGGAGAGUCACCCCACAAUACCCUCCCCCCAUCCAGCCCCUGGGGGGGCUUCUGUGCCCCCCCCAGCUUGGGCAGUGGGGCUACAGCAUCUGGAGGGGGGCAGCCUCCCCCCCCCGCCCCAUAGCUAUCGCGAUAGGGCCGUGUGUCAUGACAUAGAGUGACUGUGCAAAGCCUGAGGGCCCCCCCUGGUCUAACAGCCCCCCUCAAGGGAUGUGGGGGGGCCCCGGCACCUUUUGCAUGUGCUUCACCACGGGGCUGGGGCCGGGGCCGUGAGCCCCAGGUCGAAGCCAUAGCCCCGAGUGCGCCGGGGGGGGCACGGCCCCCCCAACCCCGGCCCCGUGGUGCUGGUGGUUGUCUGUAUAUUUGGGGUGUUGGAAAUAAAACCAAACCAGAGCCUGG